AUGCUUCUUGCCAUACUAGGGGACUCUGGCUACUGUGCCCUCCCAGUGCACGAUCGCACCUCUCUUCGCACAGACCUUUGGUCUUGCAAUUUUGUCAUCCUUUGUGGCGCGUCUCUCUUCCUUCGGCCAAUCAGUCCCCGCAUCCUGGACAGAGCACCCCUGUGGACCAUGGCAAGUUUACUAGCAUCGGCACUUACGCACAUGAUGGUUGCGACGAAUGCCAAGAAGCGACUCAAAUUCACCUUUUUCUCGAGAUUGUUUAUUCCCAGAGGUCGCAAAACAAGUUACCACGCUUUGGGUGUGGAAACAUCAACUUCCGGCAAGGUUUCGACUGAGUCGCUCAACAGUUUGGACACGGAGAGGCAGUGUCAUGCUGGGUCAGGAGGAUUCAGGGUCGGUCACAUUUCGGCCCUUGGGCCGUGA